AUGAGUGAUAUUAUUUUACAAGUAGUAUUAGCUAUAAUUAUGUUACUUGUCACAAUUUUUGCUGGAUUGAUACCAUUAAAAAUAUGUAAAAAAUUAAUGUCAAAAAGUGGACAAUUUAAUCAAUUUUCAUCAAAAAUUAUGACAUUAUUGACAUGUUUUGGUGGAGGUGUAUUUAUGGCUACAUGUUUCUUAGAUAUCUUUCCACAUAUGUUAGAAGAGUAUGAAGAGGUUGAAAAAUUAUUAAAUCAAAAAUUUUCUUAUCCAUUUCCUCAAUUUUUUGCCUGUGUAGGAUUUUUUUUAGUUUAUGCUAUAGAAGAAUUUUCAAUUAAAAUUUUUGGUAUAAAACAUAGUCAUGAUCAUAAUGUUUUUCCAGAAACACCAAAAUCAUCCACAACUGAUGACAAAUUUUGUAUUGCGGAUGAAAAAAAUGAACAAAUAAAAGAAGAUUAUUAUACAUUUAGAUCUCAUCAUGAUGCAAUUGAUGAAUCAAUAUCAUAUAUGUCAAAAGCAGAACCAAAGGAAUCUAGUAUUUUAAAAACAAUAACUUUUACAUUUGUUAUGAGUUUUCACUCAUUAUUAGAAGGAUUUGCUUUAGGUAUUCAAGAUACAAAAGCAAAUAUAUUUACAUUGUUUAUUUCAUUAAUUUUACAUAAAGGAAUUGAAGCAUUUACAGUAGGACUUCAAAUAACAAAGGAAAAUACUAGUAGAAUUAAAUUUGUCUUAAUAACAAUUAUAUUAUAUGGUGCUAUGACACCAUUAGGAACAUUAAUAGGUGUUGGAUUUAAGAACGCCAAUAUCAAUGAAACAUCAAAAGCUAUAGUAUGCAAUCUUUUAGAGGCAUUUGCAUGUGGAACAUUUAUAUAUGUUACAUUUUUAGAAAUACUUGCUGUUGAAAAAAAUAAAGAAAAAUAUCCAAUUUGGAAAUUAUUUGCAAUAUUUUUAGGUUUUGCAGUUAUUGCUGCAUUCCAAGGUUUCGAUAACCUUUUUUUGGAAGAUGAAAGUAGUUUUGAAUAA